UCAGGAGCUCGGGUUUCUUUGCUCACCUGUCACUUCUCACCUGGGACCUCUCUCACCCAUGAUGUCCUUCCUGCAGACUUGCUGUUCAACUGCAACUCUCUGCCUGAGCUGAAUGUCUCACCUGCACCACUGAACAGAAAUAAGGGAGCAGGAUCCUCCCAUCAUGGAGACCCAGAACCCAGUGGAUGGGCAUCUGCUGCCGGACAACCUGGACUCUGGAGCUCUAGUGAAUGACAUUGAUGAGGUGGAUUUCAGUGGUGACGAAGAAGAGGAGGGCUCCGUGCACAGUCCGUUUCUCACCAUUUAUGACAUGAGACCCUUGAAGCAUGAAAGGCCCGUGUUCAUGAAGGGAGUCCCAGUCAUCGCUCGGGUAUCUGAUACAGAGCGUUACACCCGGGGCACCAAGGUGCGGCACAGCACUCUCUAUACCCUCAUACUGACCCACGGACACUUCACAUGGACCGUCAAGAAGAAGUUCAAGCACUUCCAGGAGCUUCACCGGGACCUUCUCCGCCACAAGAUAUUUAUCAGCUUCUUGCCCUUUAACCCCCUGUCCCGUUUCCAUGUGACGAGGUCGAGGAUUGAAACCACUUCCUCUGAGAUGCCGUCUCUCCCCCACGCCUCCGGUGAGGCCUCUCAGAGAAUGGCAAGCAAAAAGGCUUAUCUGACUAACUACCUCAAUGUGCUGCUGGAGAAGUCCUUCUAUAGAAAUUACCAUGCCAUGAGGGAGUUUCUGGAUGUUAGUCAACUUUCCUUUGUUGCUGACUUGGGACCUAAAGGACUGGAAGGCUUUAUCGUGAAACGCUCUGGAGGACAUCGCAUUCAAGGACUCAACUGCUUUGGGCAUCACCAAAUCUGUUACCGAUGGUCUAAGAGGUGGCUGGUGGUCAAAGAUUCCUUUCUGCUCUAUUUGAAGCCAGACACAGGGGAAAUAUCUUUUGUUCUACUCUUUGACCCUGGAUUCAGUAUUGAUAUUGGAAAAAGAGCUACAGAGACAAAAUAUGGAGUCAAAAUUCAGAACUUUACAAGGGCACUCACAUUAAAGUGCAGUGGAUACCGUCAGGCCAGUUGGUGGGGUCAACAAAUCCGCAGACUCGCUGAGGAUCAUGGGAAGGAUUUCUUAAGCCGGCAUCGAUUUGAAGGUUUUGCUCCAGUCAGGGAGAAAACUCAAGUGAAGUGGUUUGUGAAUGGCGCCACAUACUUUGCUGCAGUUGCUGAUGCUCUCAUGCAGGCGCAGGAAGAGAUCUUUAUCACAGACUGGUGGCUCAGCCCUGAAGUUCAUCUCAAACGCCCGGCGCAAACUGAUGACUGGAGACUGGAUAUUAUACUCAAGCGCAGAGCGGAGGCCGGAGUUCGUGUGUGUGUGCUGCUCUUUAAGGAGGUGCAGAUGGCACUGGGGAUUAACAGCGAUUACAGCAAGAGAGUGUUAAUGCUCCUACACCCCAACAUCAAGGUGAUGCGCCACCCAGACCAUGUGUCCUCUGUGGUCUUCCUGUGGGCUCAUCAUGAGAAGAUGGUGGCUAUUGACCAGUCUGUGGUUUUCCUGGGAGGCCUUGAUUUGGCCUAUGGCCGGUGGGAUGAUCAUGAUUACAGACUUACAGACGUGGGGCCCACAGUACAGCAGCAGCAGAACACUACCACGGGAGGAGAUAUACCAAUGGAUGAGGUGCAACAGUCUCAGAAUGUCGCUCAGUAUUGGCUGGGGAAAGACUACAGCAACUCCAUCUACAAGGACUGGAUUCAACUGGAUAAGCCAUUUGAGGAUUUUAUUGACAGAAUCAAAAAUCCCAGAAUGCCUUGGAGGGAUGUGGGAGCUGUAGUCCAUGGGAAAGCUGCUAGAGAUGUCUCCCGUCACUUCAUCCAGCGUUGGAAUUACACCAAGACAAUGAAGUAUAAAACUACUACGUACCCCCACCUGCUCCCCAAGUCCCUCAGCACAGCAGACAAACAGCACUACACCGUCCCUGGAUGUCACACAGCGACUGUACAGGUACUGAGAUCAGUGGAUUGGUGGUCGGCCGGUUGUACCGAGAGCUCAAUCCUCGGUGCCUAUUUAGACUGUAUAGAAAAUGCCCAGCACUAUGUUUACAUAGAGAAUCAGUUCUUCAUUACCUGUGCUGAUGGGAGGACGAUCCUAAACACUAUUGGAGAUGUCCUUGUAAAAAGGAUACAGCAAGCUCAUAGUGCCAAAGCAAAUUUCCGGGUCUUCAUUGUCAUUCCCUUGCUUCCAGGAUUUCAGGGGAACAUUGAGGUGGGAGGAGGAUACUCCAUCCAAGCAAUACUCCACUACACUUAUAGCUCUAUUUGCAGAGGAGACAACUCCAUUAUCUCUCGACUCAAAGAGACCAUGGGGGAAGACUGGAGCAAGUACUUGUCAGUGUGUGGCCUUCGUACCCACGGGGACAUGCCCGAUGGCUCUCUCGUUACGGAACUUGUUUACAUUCACAGCAAGAUGCUUAUCGUGGAUGACAGGAGAGUUAUCAUUGGCUCGGCCAACAUCAAUGACAGGAGCAUGCUGGGAAACCGAGAUAGUGAGCUGGCUGUGCUGGUGGAAGACACGGAGUUGGUGAGCUCAAUGAUGGAUGGACAGCCGUACCAGGCGGGGAAAUUUGCCCUCAGCCUUAGAAUGGACUGUUUCAAUACCAUUCUAGGGGCACGCGCCUCCCCUGACAUUGAUGUGUCUGACCCAGUUACUGACCAUUUCUUUAAUGAGGUUUGGAACCAGACAGCUGCUACCAACACCAAUAUCUAUGACCAGAUUUUCCGGUGCCUCCCCGCUAAUGCAGUGACAAGUAACCGCACGCUGCAGGAGUACACUGCCGUCAAAAACUUGGCUGCACUAAACCCCGGCCAGGCUCGGGAGCAGCUCCCUGGCAUCCGGGGCCAUCUGGUGAAUUGUCCUCUGCAUUUCCUCUCUGGGGAGAAUCUCCUGCCCCCUCUCAGCAGUAAGGAGGGACUGAUAUCAUCUCAGGUUUGGACAUGAGCCCUGGGCACAGCAGCUUCAACUAAUGCACUUUCUUCUUUAGACUCCGCACAAUAUGCUGGACUAGUCUCUAGAAACGGCACCCAAGCUGCUCCCUGAACUGCACAGAGUAUUGCACUAGUCUUUUCAUCUCUCACAUACUAUCCAUCAUUCCACUGACUGCCACCUUGUCCAUUACUAUCUGUCACUCACCAUUGAUAUAAACAUGCCCUGAACUAAUGUAAUCCCAGUCCUACACACUCAGUAUCCUGUACUAAACCCAGUUCUGCCCACACCAUAUACUUUACUAAUCACAGUUCUACACACUCCAUAUCCUGUACUAACCCCAGCUCUAUACAUUUGCUUUCCUGUACUAAUCCUAGUUCUACAUGCUCAGUAUCCAAUACUAACUCGGCUCUACACAUGCACUAUCCUUUACUUAUCCCAGUUCUACCCAGUCUGUAUCCUGUACUAAUCCCAGUUCUACACUGAGUAUCCUGCACUUAUCCCAGUUCUACCCACUCUGUAUCCUGUACUAAUCCCAGUUCUACUCUCCGUAUCCUGCAUUUAUCCCAGUUCUACCCACUCUGUAUCCUGUACUAAUCCCAGUUCUACACUUACACUCUCCUGUACUAAUCCCAGUUCUACACUUACACUCUCCUGUACUAAUCCCAGUUCUACACUUACACUCUCCUGUACUAAUUUUAGCCCUACAUAGACUGCAUUCUAUACUAAUCCCAGUCCUAGGGAUGCACAAUUCAGCAAUUGUAGGAUGUAGGCGAAUACCAAAUUCACUAUAAAAGAUUUUGGACAAAUCACAAGUAAUAUUAAUGAUCUAUAGUCAUAAUCAUUCAAGAAAUCAUGUGAUUACUAAGGUUUGAAUUCGGUUCAGCCAGGCCCUCAUGUACAUCAUGUACUAUUCUGUACACAAAUAAAAUGUUAUUGUGUACUUAUAACACUACUACAGUUGUAGUGUCUUGUACUCAUUCAGUCUUACACUAAUACGGUUUUAUUAAAGUGCCGUACAUAUAUCAUUGUGUACCUUAGUGCUCCACAAUAAUCUGUAUGUAUAGCCUAUGCAUAUAUUAAUAUAUAUAGAGAGAGAGAGAGAGCAAGAGUUAAUUCUGUCUUCCAUGCUAUAUCUCCUGCAAGGGGUUUGCACCACUCUUUCCCGGGUGGAAAUAAAACAAACAUGGUCAUCUUUGUAGACAAUAAACUUUGUACUUAUUUUUA